AAACAAAGAGAGCUAGAGCUAUUUUUACAGCCUUUACUUUGACUUCAGAAUUGCACCUGCUUGUUGUUUGUUUAUUUCUGGUCGACGGAGCGUACUGUGCAAGGUGUGCUGAGGAAGAGUGGCACGGUAGAGAGAACUAAAAGCAAGCAGCUAAAAUCAUACGAGUUUAAGCCGCCUUCCGUUGUUUCCUAGUAGUUCAGUAUUUAGUAGGUUCAAUUAUGUCGGCUUCUCCGAUUGCUCGACAAGCCACCCAGUGCCAGACAAUCCCUUCAAGAAGAGUCGUAAUAAAUGAUGCUUCACAGCUUCCCAUAGAUUACUCUACAACGCCUGGAGGAACGGUAUACUCGACCACACCGGGAGGCACACGAAUUGUGUAUGAGAGAGCAUUUCUUAUGCAACUCAGGAACUCUCCAAUCGCCCGGACGCCACCCAAAAACUAUCCCAAUUUCCCUGCAUCACUGAUGAAGGGUGUUGACAUACCCAAGGAAAAUGCCAAUAUCAUACCAAGUCCAACAAAGAAGGAUGCUGUGAGUGAAGAGCCACAAGAUCAGUUCCAGAUGGAGAUCUAAGAACACAGUAUGUUAUAAAUUGGAUGUGGAGCCUGGCUGAUCAGUGUUAAAGUCAGCAUCUUGCUUUUUUUUUUUUUUUUUCCUUCAGCUGUUGGAUGCGCAGUAAAGGCAGUAUGAACUAGCCACUUUCAUCUUACUGAGAGUGGUGUGUUGGAUGCAAGUAACGAAACCAUUAAAAUCAUUAAAAAAGCCAUGGACUGGUUUACUAUUGAAGAGAGAUAUAUACAUGUUGGUUGACGUAAUGGUAUCAGAAAGAGGCUGUUAGAAAUGUGUUUUCUGAUGGAUGUUAAGGAAUUCUCUUUUUACUUGUAAGAAUAUGUUAUUUUGCUCAAUUUGGGUGCCAUUUGUUGGAAUUGUCUUUCCUUAUCUGAGUAGAAAAGAGUAUACCAGAAUAUACAUAACGGAGCAUGGAGGUAUCACAACUACUGUACUAAGAAAACCAAAUAAGGAUGCUGUGGUUUAGAACACUGUUUUCUGUGUUUCAAGGUGUGUGUGUGUUGGUUUUCUGUACUUGAUUUCAUGUACAGUUACAACUAGCUUUAAUUCUGAAGAAUCCUCACUUUAAGAAGCACAUUUAAAACGUUAUUUGUAGCACUAUGAACUUAAAAAUGUACAAUCACAUGAGCUUAAAGAGUGGGCACAUUCAAAACGAUGUUAUCACGGUACUAUGAACUUGAGAAAAAUACAGUCAUAUCAACUUAGAAACGGAGCACUUGUUUCUAAUA